GUAACGGGCGGGUUGUUUACUCCUCACUCCCACCCCACUGGGAGAGGAAACCCUUUACUCCACGGCGCUUUUCUCCUCCCACACACUAAUCUGAGGACACAGGGGGAAGGAAAUAGGGGAGAGGGGGAGGCACGGACCUUACAGCACCAAAAAUACCCUGAAAAUACCCCUGUGACCCGCGUGAUGAGUGGUGCUGUGAGGUCACUCUUGGUGCAUGGCCGGCAGAGCACCUCAGUCAUCAUCGGCUUAUGUAUUGGCAUCGCUCUCAGCCUCAUCCUCACUCCAUAUCUAGAGGAGGACUGCACAGGUGGCGGGAAAUCACUGGGCUCGAGAGUGGGCAACCUGCGUGACCUUCGAAGUAGCGGCCCUGCGGAGGAUGGGGACUAUGAACCUCGACUCGUCCUCAAGAACUACAGCAAGGAGGAGUUAUCGAAGUCCUCCAAGCCUGAAAAGUUGCUACGACCUCGAUAUUAUGCGACGGAACUUGGAAUUAGGGAGAAACUACUUGUGGCGGUGGUGUCGAGCAAGGAGACGAUUAGCUCUUACGGCAUCUCAGUCAACCGAACCCUAAGCCACUUCGUCGAUAAACUCAUUUUCUUCAUCGACGGAAUUGGGACGAAGAAGCUCGGGUUAAACGUCCCUAUUGUCGGGUUUAAGGACGAGAAGCCGCUAAUCAAGGUCUUUCGUAUCCUCUCCUACCUCAACGAGAAUUAUUUGAAUGAGUUUGACUACUUCUUCCUGGUGACAGACCGCACAUAUGUCCAUGGCAGGCGGCUGGUGAGGAUGGUGCAGCGCCUCAGCAUCAGCCAGGCGGUGCAUAUGGGACAGCUGCUUGACCAUCCUGACUCGCUCUAUUGCUCUCUGGACGCCGGCAUCCUCCUGAGCCAUUCCGUGCUGCGUCUGGUGGCGGGGCGGCUCAGCUGGUGCACCCGUAACACAUACUCGGACAGCGACACGGACAACCUGGGCCGCUGUAUCCUGCAUGCCGUGGACCAGCCCUGCGUGUCCAGCCUGCAGGGCCAGGAGUACAGCAGCUACAGACUGAGGGAGGACGUGGAUGUCGUGUCGCACCUUCAGCUAGUCGGAGGAAGUUCACUCGUCCGGGAGUCCGUCACUGUCGCCAACCUGCCCGAGGCCAGCGACAUGUUCCCGCUGCACAUGUACUUCCUGCAGAAUGACCUCCAGCAGCUGAACCGCAGUAUCGAGGAGUACCGGAGGGAGAUCCAGGCUACCAGACCCCAAGCCCCCACCAUUAAAAGGGAGGACACUUGGCCGGAAGGAUCAGCGCCCCCUCACCACCCAGCCACCAGGUUUGAUGUGAUACAGUGGGACACUUUCAACUCAACUCACAUUUUCCUUCCUGACGACUUCCAUAACACGAAGCCUCUCGUUGGGGCGGACCUGCAGGAUGUAAUGAGUGUUGUGAAUGCCAGCGCAGCCCACAUGCACGCCAAGGCUAAGGGGAAGCUGGAGUACAAGGAGCUGGAGUAUGGGCACCGUCGCAUGGACCCGGCCAGGGGCGUCGACUACAUACUCUCGCUGGUCUUCCGUGACAACACCUCUGGGCGCCGCGUUACCAGGAAGGUGGAGGCCAGCAGACUACUCACCGAGCCGGAGAUCAUCCCAAUGCCUUACGUGACGGAAAACAACAGACUUACGCUGGUGUUGCCCGUGGAUCAGUCCGAGCUGGUGGAGGCUACACAGUUUGUCCAGAGAUAUGAGGCGGAGUGCAUGGUGAAGGGCGAGCACACCUUCCUGCUGCUGGCACUGCUCUAUAGGCCGGGCGUCUCCUCUGCUGGGGACGACCGGGAUGUGUUUAAGCCUCUGAAGGAUCUGGCGCUGCAGUACACUCAGGAGCACCACAAGGCGGGCUCCAAGGUGGGCUGGUCCAUCGUGCACACCCUGGCAGACCCUCCCUCCGAGCUGGCCGUGGCGGACCUGGUGCUGCGGAAGCUAUCGGAAGAGACGCUGGUGCUGGUCACUCGACACUCGGCGCACAUCACCACCGACUUCCUCAACAGAGUGCGAAUGAACACCAUACUGAACUGGCAGGUGUUCUCCCCCGUCCCCUUCACCCAGUAUCACCCGGAGCUGGUAACCACUAAGGAGAGUUAUGCCAAGAUGGACCUCAACAAGAGUAAUGGAAGGUUUGACGCUUACAACUUCGACCACCUGAGCUUCUAUGUGGCGGACUACGUGGCGGCCAGGCACACAAUGGCGGAAACAGUGCCGAUAGUAAGAAACGAGAAGGAGCUGAGAUUAGACCACCCUCAGGAGCAGGAAUUCGGGUUAUACGGCCUGUUUGUGCGCGGCUCCGACCUUCACGUCCUGCGCGCCCCCGAGGCAGGACUCAAGCUGGGCUACCGGGAGGUGGGAUGUGCGAAGAAGGCGGAGAGGCAGAGCGAGCGGUUGAACCUCAUGUGCCAGCUGCAGGAGGGACAGUCUUACGGGCAACGGACGGAGCUGAGUAAGUUGGUGCUGGAGUAUAUAGAGGCGGGGAUGAAGGUGUUGUAGUGGUGUUGAGGGUGUUGGUGUUGGUGGUAAUGGGUGGUGUUGAUGUUGAUGUUCGUUUGUUCUCCGUUUCUCUUUUUUUUUUAGCUUGUCUUCAUGUGUUUUUUUCUUUUAUCACUUUGAGGUGGUGAUGAUGUUGUAGUGGUGUUGAUGAUGGUGUUGUUUUUUAUGGUGGUGGAUGUUGAUGUUGGUGUUGCUUGUUUACGUCUGUUUAUUUCUUUUUUAGCUUGUUAUCUGUUUUUUUCUCUCUUUCUUGCUUUUGAAUCGAUCUAUUGUUACGUCGAGAAAGAUUAGGGUGUUUCAGUGACAGUAUUUGGUGUUGUGACGGUGGUAAUGGGUGUUGUUAUUUUGUUAUUAUUUGCUUAUUUUUCUUUCCUGUCUCUGUUCUUCCACUUCCCUUCAAGCUGUAUUUUUAUUUCAGUCGUGGGUAUGUUAUGUAUUGCAGUUCUUAUCGAUGUAUUUUAUCAUUGUCAUUAUUUCAUCACUCACUAUUUAUUGUAUAUUCAUUUUAUUUUAUUUUUUUUAUUUUUUUUUGUCAGUAUUCGUAAUCUCUUUUCCCAAUGAUAAUUUUAAGUACUAUGUCUACCCUCUUCACUUCACUCAUUCCAGUUCUGUCUAUAAUUUCUUUGUCUCACAUCUGUCGGUAUUUCUUUAUUUCUGUCUGUGUCAUUUCUCUGCCUCGUAUUUCCAUGUUUCCAUCAGCACCAUUUAUCUUCCUCACAUAUGGUCGUAUUUCAGUCUUUCUGCUUGUCUUCAUCUCUUUGUCUGUGUUCAGGAAAGUUACAAUGAGAAUAUCCAGGUUUUAGUCUUCAUCACAUCAUCAUAUAUCAGGAAGCACACAUAAGCCAUAACAGCAAACAUCUAUUUUUAUACAUAGCUACACAAACAGUAUCCAAUGAGCCCAGUGCGUGGUGCUUAGGGAAAUAUUUUUAUGGUGACUUAUAUGUAUUUUUGGUUGGUAAAAUGUUGUAAUUUUCCCAAGAUUUUAAAGUUGAGUGUCUAGGUUCUUGGUUUCUUGAGUGGUGCUUGAAUUUUUAUUGCUGUUGAAGGAGGGAGAGAAGGAGAAUUAAGGGAAAGGAUGGGAGGGAAGGAAGGGGAAUUUUUGGGAAGGAGGUUAAGGAAAGAAGGAGUGGGAGAUGGAAGGGAAUUGACAGGAAGGAGGGAGAGAAGGAAGGAAAACUAAAGGAGGGGAAUUAUUGGGAAGGAAGGAGAAAAGGAAGGAGUGAGAGAUGGAGAGGAAGGAGGGAGAGAAGGAAGGAAAACUAAAGGAAAGGAGGGAAAGAAUAAGGGAAAAUAAGGCAGGGAAGAAGGAAAAGGUGGGAUAAGGAGAGACAAUCUGACCUUUUGUAAGAUUAUACGUAGCUUUGAUUAGUAAUGAUGGAGAAAGGAGGAGAGAAAAAGUGAAAGAAGAAAAUAUCUGACCUUCCACAUGACAUAAAUGAUAAGUCAAAAUUGUUUCCUAGUUCUUGGAUUACUAAUGGUCCCUGAAUUGGUACUAGUGAGGAAGGAGGGGAAAGGAAGGAGAAUCUGAGCUUUUAAGGAAUUGAAAUACUACUCGAGGAAGGAGGGGAAAGGAAGGAGGAUCUGAGCUUUUAAGGAAUUGAAAUACUACUCGAGGAAGGAGGGGAAAGGAAGGAGGAUCUGAGCUUUUAAGAAAUUGAAAUACUACUCAGAUCACAAGUUCAAACUAACCUACAAACAGUGUGUCUUUUGAGUGCCUUUGAAUGGAUAGACUCUGCUCGGUGACUUCAAACCAGCUAACUCACUCCAUUUUUAUAGUCUAUUUAAACUUCUAUCUCUGUUUGGUAUCAUUAGGAUCAUAGGAUGUGCUGAUGAAAGUGCAAACAGGACAGAUAUAUAUUUUUCUACUUGUGUUGAUUGUUUGUGGCCUUGUUCUGUCUUGUAUCCGAAUCAGUGCUGUGUUUAACCCGGUAGCAGUGGGGAUCAUGUUUCUUAAUGGUCCCUCUAAGUGAGAAAAAUGAGAAAAAAUCAUCAUCCACACAAACCAUUUCAUAAUAUAUAUCAAAGCAUUUGUGAUCAGUUUAUAUAUCAUCUUUUGGGGGGGUUUAUAUCAUAGCACAAAUUUGGCCCAUAGCUGCUACACGGUAAAGCCACAAAUUUGGCCCGUCGCUGCUACUGGGUUAAUGGUGAAGCUGAUGAAAGAAUGUUAAUGUGCAGAAUGUGAUGAAGUAAAGGUGAUGGGAAUUCAGGCUUAGCCACUUACCACUUAGCCAGGGUUUCAUGGGUGGUGCUGGUAUGAUGGUGCAGAUGAUGAACGGAUGGUGGUGUUCAGAGUAUAUAGUACGUAUAGAGGAUGGGAACUCCAACCUUUAUUCUUAGACAUUUCCAGCUCUCACAAACAAUACUUCCCAAGGCCACAAAGGAGAUGGUGCUCAGAUAUAAAUAAGUAUAGAGGAUGGGAACUCCAACCUUUAUUCUUAGAUAUUUCCAGCUCUCACAAACAAUGCUUCCCAAGGCCACAAAGGAUAUGAGGCAGGUUCCAGGUGUCUUUUUAUGUUCAUGAUGCAGAAGCCUUGUCACACUAUCACUAGGCUCAUGAAACCCAGCACAACCCCUAUGAAAGCCUUACCAAAUGUGGGUGUGUGAGCUCCCAAGUGUUUGAGAAUAUGCGCCUCUUGUAUCCAGCAGUAGGAAAGGGAAGUGAUUCUAUGUCGGUUUGAUGCUAAUGUGUUGGUUUAAUACUCUAUAGUAGAUUAUAUCGAGUCUUGAAAAUAUUGUCUGUUUUGUGAUAUAUAAUAAUGUAUCUAAGCGAAUGGGACCACGUUUUUAGAAUACUUCAACUAUCAUCUUUGUAGGGGCAGGGCUAUAGUAGGCUUUUUGUAUUUUCAUUUUCAUUUUAUUUUUAUUUUUAUUUUAUUUUUUAUUUUUUUUAAUUUUUUUUUUUUCUCCCCCUUGAGCAGCUUCCAUUACUGUAGAAAAUAAUAUCUGUGAAUGGCUGCAGUUCAUAUCGAUGGUCUUGAUAUAGAUUAGGUGUAUCUGCAGUGCAUCUGUGGAGUGGCUUUAUCUUAUCUUUCAGCGGUUAGUCAGUGCUUCUCUCCUCCCUCACGCUCAGGACAGACAUCGCUAUUCUAUUCCUCUCAGUCUCUGUCUUCACUUAAUAUGAGUAAUGUUUCUUUUUUCAUGACCUGAGAGCCAUUUUUUUUUUCUCUUUUUGCUUCUGUCUUUUUUUUUUUUUUUUUUUUUUUUUUUUUCUAGUUGGUCAGUUAGUUUCUCUAAAAGUUAUUUCUCUAUAUUUGCUUUUGUCUUCAUGGUAGGUACUUUGUUGGUGUCCAUAUGUAUCUGUCUCUGUUUCUCUAUCACUUUUUUUCUAUAUCUAUUUUAUGUUUUCUUUCCAUCAGUAUCUGUCUUAAUCAUUUAGUUAUCUUUCUACCUGUCUGUUUACUUGUAUCUACCUGUUGAUAUGUUGGCGUCCUUAGAUAUCUGUCUCUUUAUCACUUUUCUUUCUGUUUUCUGCUUUUUAGUCUCUGUAUGUCAUUUACCUCUCUUUCUUUUAUAUUCAUGUCUCAGUUUAUUAUCUUUGCUCUCUUAUAGCUUUUUAAUUAGUCAAGUAUUGUACCAAAGCAGUAGUAGAAGUAGUAGUAAUAGCAGCAGAAAUAGUAGAAGUAGUAGGAGUAGUAAUUGUAGAAGUAGUAGUAAUAGUAGUAGUAAUUGUAGAAGUAGUAGUAAUAGUAGUAGUAAUUGUAGAAGUAGUAGUAAUAGUAGUAGUAGUAGUAGUAGGAGAAGGAGGAGUAGUAACAGUAGUCGUAGUAAGUGUGUUCUAGAUGUUGCCAAAAAAAAUGUGGACAGAGGCUGAGGUGUAACUGUAGUGGGCGCUGUUGUCAUUAUUGCUGUAGAUUCUAGUCUGGUAUAUAUAUUUUUGUAGUCAUUGCUGUGCUUUAGUGUGUGUGUGUGUCGUGAGAGAGUGAGAGUGAGAGUCGACAAUGCUUGAGUCAAGAGUGAACUGAUAGACGGCUACUUGAGUCAGUCCGUCGGUCAGUCAGUCAGUCAUGAGUCAGUAUUUCCCUGAGUCAGCUUAUAAGUAGACCCUAGGCAGUGAUAUAGGUUAGUUAAGGCAGCAGAAGGAGCAGCAGAAGCAGUAGAAGGAGCAGUAAAAAUAUAUGCAUGUAUUAGUGAUUCAGGAGGUAGUAUAGACUGGAUUAUUUUUGCUUGAUAAAGAAAUAAAUACAGAAAAGAGAAAGACGAGGAAAUAAAUAUAGAAAAGAGAGACAAAAAAGUAAGUAAAGAAAAGAAAAAGGCAAGUUAUUUAUUUAUUUAUUUAUUUAUUUAUUUAUUUGAUUUUUUAUUCACUUUCAUUGAUGCUUAGCUUUUAUAAAUCUUACUCAGCCUGAUUUUGUUACAGAAAAGAGAAAAGUUAGGUAAUUAUUUUAUAUGUACGUAUAUUUAUUUAUUUUUAAUUUUAUUUAUGCCGCUCAUCCUAAAUCGCUACAAAUAUGAGUCAGUGUGCAUGCCUGUGUGUGUGUGUGUGUGUGUGUGUGUGUGUGUGUUGGCGGCCGUGUACGCGUGAGGCGGCUGUUCAUGUGAGUUUUGGACGUAGUAGGUAUAGGUGAGCUUGAGUCGCUGUACAUGUGAGUCAGUAUUGUGUGUGUAGCAGGUGUGUGUAGUCCUUGUGUUCAACUAUUAUUAUUGUUAUUAUUAUUAUUAUUAUUAUUAUUAUUAUUAUUAUUAUUAUUAUUAUUAUUAUUAUUAUUAUUAUUAUUAUUAUUAUUAUUAUUAUUAAAGUAUUUUUGGCUAA